AUGUUGAUGUUACCACUAUAUGCCCUUUCUCUCCUCCAACUGGCAAGCGCAUGGACGUUCCGCUACACCAACAAAACAGACGACACACUUAUCCUACGUGGCAGCGAUGACAAGAACUGCACAGUCAUAAGCCUUGCCGAGGGCAAACUAUUCACAUAUGACCCGGAGGGAUCUGACCUCUGCGUUUCGAUAUACUACGAUGCCGAAUGUAAUUCACGAGCCGGUUACUCGUGUACUUCCUGGAGGAAGAAUGCUAGUGCUUCUUUCUUCGGUGCCGAUAUCGCCCCCGAGAGACCGGCUGUUUCUACUAGCACCACUGCACUGCCUACUUUUUCCACAACUGCACCUCCCUCCACAUCGACAUCAGCAUCCGUUUCCGAGUCUGUGACGAGCACGCCGACUUCAACCACAACACCUACCGAUGCUGUCAUAAGUGAAUCUUCUUCUAGUCUAUCCGGUGGAGCAAUUGCUGGUAUAGUGAUUGGUGUUGUAGCAGGCCUUGCUAUUGUCGCUGGUCUUAUCUUCUUCUUUAUGCGGAGAAAUCGGAAGAAUAACGCACCACCUGUUGUCCCACCCGGUAGCUAUGGGCCUCAUGAAGCUGAAGCUACUGUUUCCUCUUUCAGUGGUGCUACAGAGAAGAUGGAAGACUCUUCUAAGAGGUCAUUUCGUCCUCCGACUGGUUCGAAGGUUGUUGAGCUUGCUGGUGAUGUUGGGACCUAUGAGCUGCCUAAUAGUCCGAUCAAUGAGAUGGAUGGUCGCUCUGCGACGAAGCCGUCCUAUCGGGUUUGA